GAAUUGUGUAGUAAUUAAGCUAAAGGAGAUCCGUCCGCAGCCGUGUAGUUUAUUCUGUAAACGCUGCACGGUGCAGCAUCCGCUGCUAUGCUACUGGCUCCGUUCAUGUGGGACAGCUGAUCCCGGGAUUUAAAAUGGAUGGUGUUUGGAUCCGAGCCUGCUUCUGAUCAGUGAGCUAACAGAGAGUGGGAGAGAGGAAACAUUUGAUAAGAGAGUGGGGCAAGCGCUCAGCGCAGUUAAGAUCGCCACUCGGUAGUUAACAGCUGGGAGAGAGAGAGAGAGAGUCCUACUAGCUGAGCCUCCUUUCCUCUGUCGUCUCCCUCGAUCCUACUCUUCUCGGAGGAAUGAAUCCAUGUUCUUGUGAAAGACAGCUGUAGAGAGAAGAGUUUUCGAAGAGUGUUUCGUCUAGAGGGGUGAUCUCUAAAAAGAGAGGAGGAUUGCAGGUGAUCAACCCGAGUGCUCAAACUUGCUGCUGUGAAGACGGUGUUAAGGAGAAGGGGGAGGACGAAAGAUCGAGCUGUAGAAGAUGCUGCCGCAGAAGCAAGCAGAGGAAGCCAUCGUGUCGCGCAGCAACAGUACCUUAAAGGAUGAGCUGGAGCAGGACGUCGAUGGCAAGGGGGAGGACGAACAGGCUGCCCAUGGAUUCAACAUGAAGAGCCUCCUCUGGCACGGCGGCUCCGCCUGGGACGCCUGGUUCAGUUGCGCCUCCAAUCAAGUUGCUCAGGUUCUGCUGACGCUGCCGUACUCGUUCUCGCAGCUGGGAAUGCUGUCGGGGAUUAUCCUGCAGCUGUUCUAUGGGUUCAUGGGCAGUUGGACGGCGUAUCUAAUUAGCGUCCUCUACGUCGAGUACCGCACUCGGAAGGAGAAGGAGAACGUGAGCUUCAAGAAUCACGUUAUCCAGUGGUUCGAGGUGUUGGAUGGGCUGCUGGGGCCGUAUUGGAAAGCCGCCGGCCUCGCCUUCAACUGCACCUUCCUCCUCUUCGGCUCUGUCAUUCAGCUCAUCGCCUGCGCUAGCAACAUAUACUACAUCAACGACCGGCUGGACAAGAGGACAUGGACGUACAUAUUUGGCGCCUGCUGCGCGACGACCGUGUUCAUACCCUCCUACCACAACUACAGGAUAUGGUCCUUCCUUGGCCUCGGCAUGACCACCUACACCGCCUGGUACCUCACCAUCGCCGCCGUCGUCCACGGCCAGGUGGACGGGGUGACGCACUCGGGUCCAACGAAGCUAGUGCUGUACUUCACCGGCGCCACCAACAUACUCUACACCUUCGGCGGCCACGCCAUCACCGUGGAGAUCAUGCACGCCAUGUGGAAGCCGCAGAAGUUCAAGUACAUCUACCUGAUGGCCACGGUGUACGUGUUCACCCUGACGCUGCCGUCGGCCGCCGCCGUGUACUGGGCCUUCGGUGACCAGCUCCUGAGUCACUCCAACGCCUUCUCGUUGCUACCCAAUUCCGGGUGGCGCGACGCCGCCGUGAUCCUCAUGCUGAUUCACCAAAUCAUCACCUUCGGCUUCGCCUGCACCCCGCUCUACUUCGUGUGGGAGAAGGUGAUCGGGAUGCACGACACCAAGAGCAUCUUCCUCCGCGCCCUGGCCCGCCUCCCCGUCGUCAUCCCCAUCUGGUUCCUGGCCAUCAUCUUCCCCUUCUUCGGGCCCAUCAACUCCACCGUAGGGGCGCUCCUCGUCAGCUUCACCGUCUACAUCAUCCCCGCCAUGGCACACAUGCUCACCUACCGGACGCCAUCUGCGCGACAGGACGCGGCCGAGAAGCCUCCCUUCUUCUUGCCGAGCUGGACGGCGAUGUACGCCGUGAACGCCUUCGUGGUGGGGUGGGUGCUGGUGGUGGGCUUCGGGCUCGGCGGGUGGGCGAGCGUGACCAACUUCGUGAAGCAGGUGGACACCUUCGGGCUGUUCGCCAAGUGCUACCAGUGCCCCAAGCCCCAGCCACCCGCUGCCCCUGCACCUCAAAUGCGGCAUUACUGAGCCGUGACCUCAUCCCCCUCCUCCUAUUACCCUCUGCUUGUCUGCUUGCUUUUGUCGCCUGUAACAUACAACAAACAGGGGAAGGCGCCGAAGGUGGGCUCUCCUGCCUCCCCCGUCCGUGUCGGGUGCUUCUUUAUCGUUUGGGUGGCUCCUGCGAUCUUGUCUGUUCAAGAUCUGCUACUUUUCUUUGUUGGUACUGCUGUUGUUAUCCAGGGACUUCGAAAGGGAAGAUGGGCUGCACGCGAAUGAGACCUGCAGCUGUUUGUUCAAGUGCCUGUCAUUUUGGCAAGCACAUUGCCAUGAGUCCUCAACGUAAGCAAGCUGCGUUGGUUCGGCAUGGCCGGGGGUUUCUGAGGACAACAUGUAUUGAAGAAUAACGAUGAUUUAUGCUUUGCUGCGUUGUUGGUGGUGGUAAAGCCGCUUCUUCGUUCCCCUGUUCA